ACCGCCACUUCUACCGAUCGUAGUAUUAUUACAACUACUGAGUUCGGCCAUCAUCUCCACCACCACCAUUACAACCAAACAGCAAGUAUGUACGGACCGCCGCCGGAGCCCGAACAUGACCAGCAGGCCGACACGGCGCCUGUCUGUGUGUGCAGCGUGAGGGUUCGCGCGCAGUUUCUACGUCGGCCCAUGGCCGCCAUGUGAGCGCGAAUUAUUUAAUAUCACCACAAACAAUAUUAACGCCGCCGACGUCCGUCGUCGUUUCCGCGAUCAUUGUCGUGAUCGACCACCACAGCCGUCGCGUUUACUCUAUAUUUAUAACACUAAAAUAUAGAAGUUUUUAUAAAUAUUUUAAUUAAUGUUGACGGUGAUAAUAAAUUGUAAUAAUUGUUAUUUAAUUUGUUAACUAUUUAUUUUAUAUAAAUAAUGUAAAAACGUUUUUUAAGUAUCGUUUAUACUUAGAAAUAAAUAGCUGAGUAGUAGCUCAUUUUUAAUGCUACUUAAAUUUUAGUUUAUAAUUUUUAUUAUAAAAUAUUUUUUUGGAAUUUAUGUAAAUUUGUGGAUAAGUGUAUGGUGCUACGAUUUUACCAUAUUUAUUAAGUAUUGAAGAGAUGAAUAACAAUUUAUAAUGGGUGAAAUGGAUACAGAUCAAUUAUAUUCUGUUCGCUGGAAUGAAUUCCACACUAGUAUUAUUACAUCAUUUAGACAUCUUCUUGAUCAAGAAGAUUUUAUUGAUGUUACCAUUGCCUGUGAAGGCCAGUCAUUUACUGCUCAUAAAGUUGUGCUCUCUGCUUGUAGUCCUUACUUUAGAUCUCUGCUCAAGGCAAAUCCAUGCCAACACCCUAUUAUAAUUCUUCGUGAUGUCAAAAAAAAAGAAAUGGAAGCUCUGCUUAGUUUUAUGUAUAAUGGAGAAGUUCGAAUUAAUCAAGAAAACUUACCAGAGUUCUUAAAGACUGCUAAAAGUUUACAAGUGAGGGGGCUUGUUGAUUUUACUAAAGAAAAUCAACCUUCGUCUUGGGAAUGUUCAAGUGUUAUACCAAUAGAAAUUGUUGGGAAAACUAAGUCUGGUGAUAAUUUAACUAGCCCACCUUAUAAAAGACAACGCAACAAUUCUGACAAAUCUGCUCAAGCAUUGACGCCUAGUUCUAAUUUUAAUGUUGAUAAAGACAAAGAUACACCUUCACUGCUUGUACAAGCAUUAGAAUUGAAUCAGAAUCAACCAAAUCAGAGUAAAAUUUCUAUUGAUUCAUCAGUUACUGGUCAUUCUUCCGAUGAAGAAGACAGUAAUUCUAGAGAUUCUGAUGGUAGUGGUACAGUAAAUGAUUGUAACCGAACAAAUAGAAGUCAACAAGAUAUUCAUGGACAAAUUUCUCAACAUACAUCAAAAUUGGAACCAGUAGAUUUUUUACCAACUAGUGGUAAUAAUCAUGACUUACAUCAUACAUCCAUUUCAAUUGAACAUCAAUCCAGACAUUCAUUUCCUACAACAUUGUCUUCUGGAGUAUCAAUUAUAAAUAGCUUGCAAGGUUUACCAGGACUUUUACCGGGUCCUUCAGGAAUACACAGUAAUAGUCAAGAUAAUAACUUUGGGGAUGGCGGCGGUGGACCUACCAUGGGAUGUUACCUGAAUGCCACUGAACCGAAACCAGUAUGCACGGAAUGCGGCCGGGUUUACAGCAGUGUGAGUAACCUGAAGCAGCAUAUAGCCAAUGUCCACUCAGCCACCCCACAUUGGGAACCGUGUCCCGUGUGCGGUAAACACUUUAAGACUCGUCAGUAUUUGUUCAAUCAUCUGUUGCAAACUCAUGGUAUCCGACAGCGCGGCAGCAGAAUGCACAUGCAUGUGCCUGGUGGAAGCGGUGGUGUAGGAGGAGGUGACGGCAGUUCUAUGCCAAAUCUGCCGUCGUCUUCAACCACCGCCUCUACUUUAUUAUCAUCCGAUGGAUGUUUUUCGACUGUCAAGCCGCUGCUCCACAAUAUUACCAUUGCAGACAUCAAACCAUCAUUAUCACAACACUCGACGGUUGUGACAGCAGCGGCCGCUGUUUCUUCCUCUGUACUCACCAACCACAACAACGAUCAACACCAUUCCGGAUUUCCGGGGACAUCUUCAAUUUCCGUUGAUACCAUGCGGGAACAUCACCGAUUGAACUCGACCGCCACCGCCGCCGCUAACUCUGAAAAUAUAUCUUCUCAAUUUUAUACUCUAAAUAAGGCUUCACCGGUUUCUAGAUAAAAAAAAACAUAGAUGACUUUCACCAACUAAAUACAGCAAAUUUGAAUUUUCAAAACUGUAAUAUAAUCUUUUUUUCGUUUUAAAAUUACUGAGUAUUUAAUGAAAUUUUGUUACUUUAAUAAUAGAUUUUUUGCUCAUAUAUUUUAUCAGUUUUUUAUCGCUAUUGUUAAAGUGCCCAUUUCUAGACGAAUGACUUUGUUCUAUACGUUUUUAUAAACCUAAAAAUUACAAUUUUACUGUAAUUUAUAUUUAUAAUAUAUUUAAACCAUUCAGUGAUGCAUACAAAAGUUUUAGAGGGGCUAAUAUUAAAAUUCCAUUUUUGAUUGCUUUUUUUAUGUUUAAUAGUUUCAAGGGAUUAUUUUUAUACUAAUAAUUUAGGAAAAUAUGGCUAAUGAAGAAGGCUAUACCAGUCCCCUGGAUACGCCACUGAAACGUUCACAUAAGUAUACAAAAUAUAUUUUAGUUAUCUUAUAUUAUUUAUCCUAAAAAUUACAAUGAUCAUAUUAGUUGGAACAGUAAUUUGAAGAAAACAAAAAUUAAAGAGUAAUUUUAAUAAUACUAUUAUAGUGCUGUAAAAUUUUUAUUUUAUUUUAACAAAGUUAAAUAUGAAUUUUUAAUUCAUAAAUUUUAUAAUAUGAUAAUUAUUUUACUUUGUUAAAUCGUAGAUUAAACGCACCUAUAAAAUCUAUGGUUCAAUUAAAAUGUAAAUAUACGUCUUUAUAUAGUCUCUAGUCAUUCCUUUGUAAUAUUAAAAAUUAUAUUAUCUUCUAAGGAAAUUUAAAUUUUAGUAAAUAUAUAAACAAAUAUAAUUUAUAUACUAUAAAUUCUUCAUAUUUUAUCAAUACAUUUUUUAUGUCGCGUAGUUAUUCAAGAUAUUCAAAAAAUAUUGUAUUUUAAAUAAAUGUAUAGGUGGUCCAAAAUACUUUUGAUUUAAUAACAUACAAUUAUAGUGUCGUGUAGAUCUCAAUCGUUUAUAAUGUGAUUCAUUAACUUUUCUGUCUGUUAAAUCCUUUUGAAAUUUGUUCAAGUCUAUUCAUCGAUAUCUUUUAAUUUUUUUUAAAAAGGAUGAUUUGUAAAAAAUAUUCUUUAAUAGUCUCUAAAACUUAUAUGUUAAAUUACGCAAGAAAUAUAAUAAUUUUGCAAUGCUAUUUGAUAAAAAAAAAAUUAAAUACUUAGUACAAUGCUUACCAAUUUGUUUAAGGUCAUUGAUGUCAGAUUUUAUUUGUUCUUUUUUUGUGCGCUCGACCGAAUUAACGUUUACCGUAGUCGUCGUCACAUUUGUUGUUAUCAUUCUUAUUACUAUACUACUAUAUUUUUGUAAUUAACCUUAAACUUUGAUACGCGCAUAUGCUUAGUUUGUACUCUUCCCCUUCACUUGUCAGGUCGUAUAAUACAUUUAAUUAAAAACAUAUUACUCGUCUUAUCUAUUUAUUUACGCAGAUAAUCACUAAUUGUAGCAUUCUUAUAGAAUUAAGACAUUCAUACAAAUUAAAUGUUUUAUUAAAAUUAAAUACAAUUUUUUAAAAAGAAAGAAAAAAAUAAAUUAGUUACAUCAUCAUAUAAGCCUGUAAUACACAUUACACUAACAAUUUUACAUAUAAAUUUGUAUAUCUAGAAUUGUCUAUGUAAAUUGCAUUUAUUAUGUCGCAUCUAAAAAUAAAUAUUAUUAUUGAAUUUAAAAUUUUGUACUUAAUUUUAAGAUUUUAUUCAAUUCUAAAAGAUUAUGAAUUAUCCUCGUUUAUUAAUUAUUUAAUACUAUAAAGAGUAAUAUCAGAGUUAUGAAAAUAUGAAUCCUAUUAUGCAUUUAACUAUCAAUUCACUACGAAAAAUCUAGUUAAUUUUUCAAACUUUUAUAAUAUUUAUAUUAUUAAUUAAUAUUAGUAGUUUCAUAUUGCUAUUUAGUGAAAUUUAGGUAAUAAUUAACGUUAUUAAAGAGGAGAGAGAACUCAAAGGUAAAAUAACUGUAUGAUGAAAAUAAUAAUUUUUUUUCUUAUUAUUAUUUUUUUAAAUUAAUCUUAUGUAUCCCCCUACAACCAAGUUACACCCUAGUUACGCCUUUGUAGUUCUUAAAAUGUAAUUUAAUAUUAUAAAAUAUAAUAUUUAAGUUUUGUUA